ACAUAUUGCGUCUUAGAACAUUGGACUGAGCAUGCGCGCUGGCUGGCGAUAGUUUGACAUCAUCUUUUGUCGCUUUUCUCGGAAUAAUGAUCGACCGCCGCCGCCGCGCUAGUUGCGGGAGAUGAUGAUAGUAAUAAAUGAUAGUAACAAUAAUGCCGUAACAGAACGCGCCAUAACACCGAAACGGCUGUUGUGUUUUCUUGUGCGUCGUGACUGCCGUUGUGCUCAAUAGCGAAUCACAUUUUUUGUUCCCUUUCAGGUUAUUUCGUUUUCUCGCCCCGUUCGGCUUUUGUGAGCUCGUACCAGUUUCGGAGGCUUAUGAGUUAUGGACGUCGAUAAUACACCGGCACCCGAAGGUAUGGAAACCGCCGAACAUGUUCGUUUCAUUUUCGGCCUACUGGACAGUAUAAAUAAGCGCAUCGACGUGAAAUUACCGGCUGGUGUACUCCUUAGUAUAUCAGAAAUUCAAAUGCUAGUUGAUGAUCACAUAAAAUCAAAAAAUUAUAAAUUCUCAGAACAUGGCCAAAGAGUAAUACAUUUUAUUCUAUACUUAAACACUGAGAUGCCACAUUGUAAUUGGGUUAAAGCAGAUCCGCUGCUAGACCUCAAACAGUAUAUACAUGGCAAUACUCUUUCAAAUAACCUAUACCAUAAACUCGUGGAUAUAUUAAACUUAAAGCCAUUUAUAUUCGAAGUUAUAGCUUAUACACCUUAUAGUUUUUGCAGCGAUUUAAUUGAUAUUAGCUUAAAUAAAAUAAAAGCUAUAGAUGGACUUUCACAAUUAGUUGAUACUGAAAAUCUAAUUGUUUCUUUGAUGAAAACUGUUAAACGUGGACCUAUAAGAUCUAAUUCAGAAACUUAUGUAGUCGACCACUUCAAUCAAGCCAUGUUAGUAUUCGGCAAGGAUAAUUUGCCCCAUGAUAUAAGAAGACUUGAUUAUGAAGAUGAACAAAAAGAAAUAACAAGAUAUAAUGGGUUUCGGGUGAAAAGUAUAUUUAACAUCUUUAUUGAGAUGAUUAAAUUUAGAAAUGCUCCUGAUCCUUACAAACUGUAUCCAUUAUAUACAUUAAAAUCAUUACGUUCUUCUGUUCCAUCAACAGAUACUGGACAUGUUAUAUUUAAAAAAUGUUUUGAUGUGGUGAUGUAUAAGUGUAUGAAUAUGUGCAAUUUCAGCAUUGAUACUUGGAUUUCUUGGUAUGAAGUGGAAGUUAUUGAAGAGGACACCAAUCUACAAGCAUCCAUUGGACAUCUAUGUUAUGAAUUAUGUAGUUUGAUAGAUAAUGGAACUAUUAGUGAACCCUUAUUAAAAGAAUUCAGGCCAAUUCUACGUAAUAUAGCCAUAGAAAAGAUUGACUUUAGUAAUAUUGAUAACACUGACAUUGAUGCAAUGGCUAAACGUGUAGAGAGUUCUUCCAAAUUUCAUCUCAACGGUUGGAUAAAAAAAAUGAUCGAAAACCCUGAUGUUUUCGUUCAUAACCGCGCCAUUCAAGUAAUUGGCACCUACAUAGACUGUGUUGAUUACAAUUGCUUCAAAGCCAUCAUUGAUAGUAGUAUGGCUUAUCAUAAAAAUGGAGGAGUAGUGUCCGAAGCUGUAGGAAAAGUAAUAUUUAAAGGACUCAAACACUUGGAUUUAGAAGAUGCAUCGUGUAUUCUAUGUCAUGUUUUGAUCCACUAUGCCGAUUGUACAUUUUAUUUAUCAAAGGAUUUUGAUGAACAAUUACUUUUUCUUGCAAAUAAUGAGUACAAAGAAAAUGCUGAUGCACUAGAAUUAUUAACGAUAUUAAUUUGGCUUAUUAUACAACAACCAAGAAAAAUGUUGAAUUUAUUAAUAUCGCAAUACGUCACUGGUAUUUAUGGAUUACCAGUCAAAGGAUUUGAAGCUAAGAGAUCAUGCCUCCACCAAGGGUUGGUUAGUAUUCAUGCACACAUGAACCGUUCUUAUAUUUACCAAGAAUACAUGAACUGGUUGUCUUUUGAUUCAAAUUUAUCAGUAGAUCAAAAGCAUAAUCUUCGUCAAUGGAUUUUAGGAACUACCAAACAUCUUCGUGUAAUGAAACCAAAAGCAUUUCUUACAAAUGUCAUAUUUCCUCUUCUAAACCCUUCACCAAAUUAUGAUCACAUGCUGUAUUUGGCUACUUUAACUAAAAUGAUUUUGAAUGAAUGUCAUAUUAUGACACUUCCCUACAUAGAAGUCUGGGAUAGACUACUUGUUCAAUUGGCCAAAAUAUUGGAUGAUGCACGUUGGUCCAUAAAUAAUUAUUCAGCUGUUAGAGUCGAAAUAUGUGAAAAAAUGAUUGUAAUUAUACAGCCUCUUUUGCACUAUGCUACGCUUAUAGAUAAUCUAGUUAAGGUGGAAUCCUUGGAUUUUAUCAAACAAGAACUAUCAGGUCUACAUUUGAUGACUCGUUCUCAUUUCUUACGUUUGUGGAAAUCUGAAUGUAUUACAAUAGAUGGAAUGGAUGAACAGUUGAUCAUGACCAUUCAAUCACAGAGUCAUAUUUCAUUUUCUAAUUUGAAUAGAGAAUCGACGCAAAGAGCUCAAGAAGAAUUUAUUUUCAGCAUUGCAACAUUUAUGCCCAAGUUCACAUUGCAUGAAAUGAAAAGUUUCAUAGCAAAUUACUUAAGUUCAGCAAAACCUUCAUGUAUUGUUGAUGCAUCAUUUUUCUUAUUGGACUGUGUGAUGAAUUCUGUCAUGAGAAUUAUAGUGUACUUGAAAACUGCUGUACAAAAUGAACCUUACGAUAAUCAAUGUGCAUGGGCCUAUGUGGAAAAUACUAUCGUCAACUUUCUAGAUGCUGUAAAUACAUCAAAAAUGUGUUGUAUUUAUGAAGAUGAAAUCAAUGUGCUUUUGACAAUAAACAGUGUUAAUAAAAUUGUAAUGGUAAUAAAACAGCUUGAAAAUAUUCGUCAAAUGCCUCUAUUGGUUGUUGUACGUCGCUUGAUUGAUUUGAUUGUUACACGGAUGGAGCCUGCAGAAAUUUCAAAAGUUUUAUCUCUUUUAGCUUCUAUAGGAUCACCAAAUUCUAAAAAAACAUUGAGAACUUCUAUUCAACGGCUGAUGAAUAAUCUCAUCAUCAAAAAACAACGCGUACAAGAAGUACCUCAUCAAGGCUGAAAUUUCAAAUGUACA